CGUGCAAUAUCUUCAGGCCGAAUGGGUAAUCCAGGUAAGCCAGGAGUUAAAUGGUUCAAUAAAUUCUUAAAAGAAUAUGGUUUAAUUCCCAAAUACUUACGUAAAUUGGGAGCAGUUUAUGGUGCAGUAGUACAUGCUAAAAAUCCAGCACAUUUUAUGACAAUAGCUGGAGAAUGUCUACGUCACAGCCCAGAUAACCAUACUUCUCCUGUGCAAAAUUACGUUGUAGUCAAUUACAGAAAAAAAG